UGGCGGCCCCGGGGUGGGUGAGGUCGCUCUCGCGGCGGUCACUGAGCUUAUCGGGAGCUAGGGUGGCCGCGCGGGCAGCCCCUGUUUGUGAGGGCGGCCGCGCCCCUAGGCAGGCCGAAGCAGUGGCGUUCCAACGGCACGGGGCUCGGCUCCGCCCAUAUCCUGAAGAUCUCUCUGACCUGUGUCGCUCUGAGGAGAUCACUUUAUACUUAAAGAUGGCUGCUGAUACAUCUGUUGAAAUACUUCAGAAAGUUCUGGAGAAUGAAAUACUUCAGACUGCCAAGGUAGUGGAAGAACAUCUGGAUGCUGAAAUGCAGAAGCUCGACCAAAUGGAUGAAGAUGAGUUGGAACACCUGAAACAGAGGAGACUUGAAGCACUGAAAAAGGCCCAGCAGCAGAAACAAGAGUGGCUUUCUAAAGGACAUGGAGAGUACAGAGAAAUCCCAAGUGAGAGAGACUUUUUCCAAGAAGUCAAAGAAAGUAAAAAUGUGGUUUGCCACUUCUACAGAGAUACAACUUUCAGGUGCCAAAUAAUGGACAAGCAUUUGACUGUAUUGGCAAAAAAACAUGUUGAGACGAAAUUCUUGAAGUUAAAUGCAGAAAAAUCUCCUUUCUUGUGUGAGAGACUGCGCAUCAAAGUAAUUCCAACUCUAGCACUAAUAAAAGAUGGAAAAACACAAGACUAUAUUGUUGGCUUCACUGAUCUCGGUAACACCGAUGACUUCACUACAGAGACCUUAGAAUGGAGAUUAGGCUGUGCAGACAUAAUUAAUUACAGUGGAAACUUGAUGGAGCCACCUUUUCAAAGCCAAAAGAAAUUUGGAGCAAGCUUUACAAAGUUGGAUAAGAAGACCAUCAGAGGGAAGAAAUAUGAUUCAGAUUCUGAUGAUGACUAGAACAUUAAAUCUAUUUAUAAAUCAU